AUGGCGGAAGCGGAUCUAUCCUCGGAGUUUCCUCAACCGGCUAGCGUUACACGCUGGGCCGAGGUUAUGGUUCGCUUUGCGGCCACGCUGGGCGAGCAGGGUCGGCGGGUGGUGUUGGUUACGUCUGGAGGCACCAAGGUCCCACUGGAAGCGCGAGCAGUGCGCUUCCUCGAUAAUUUCAGCAGCGGGCGGCGCGGAGCAACCUCGGCCGAGGCCUUCCUGGCCGCGGGAUACGGGGUCAUCUUCUUGUAUCGCGCACGCUCAGCUUUCCCUUUUGCCCACCGCUUCCCGCCGCAGACCUGGCUGUCUGCUCUACGGCCUUCUAGCCCAGCCCGUCCUGGCCUUCUAUGCUUGGAGGCCGAGGAGAAGGAACUCCCGGGCUUCGCUGCAGCCUUGAGGAGCUACCAAGACGCUGCGGUUGCGGGCACGUUCCUCGCUGUAGAGUUCACCACUUUGACAGAAUAUUUGCAUCUGCUGCAGGCUGCGGCCCAGGCUCUCAAUCCACUAGGCUCGUCAGCGAUGUUCUACCUGGCUGCGGCCGUGUCAGAUUUCUAUGUUCCUGUCUCUGAAAUGCCUGAACACAAGAUCCAGUCAUCUAGGGGCCCACUGCAGAUAACAAUGAAGAUGGUGCCAAAAAUGCUUUCACCUUUGGUUAAAGACUGGGCUCCUAAAGCAUUUAUCAUUUCCUUUAAGUUGGAGACUGACCCCUCUAUUGUAAUUGAUCGUGCACAUAAUGCUUUGGAAGUUUAUCAACAUCAAGCGGUGGUGGUAGCCAAUAUCCUUGAGACACGCCGGUCCUUUGUGGUGAUUGUAACCAAAGACUCCGAAACCAAACUAAUGCUAUCAGAGGAAGAAGUAGAGAAAGGCAUAGAGAUAGAAGAGAAGAUAGUAGGCAAUCUUCAGUCUCGACACACAGCUUUUAUACGUGACAAAAACUGA